UCACGGUAAGAAGGAGCCGCAGUUGCUCCUUUCAUGUUUAUCUCUGCUCUGGAGCCUGGCUGUUCCGCUACGAAGACGCGUUUAAUCCUCACUAAGAAAACAAACUACGUCUGUUAAGGUAUUGGUAUAACAAAUAGCAUGCAAAUACGCGUAACGCGUUCUUAUGUUACAUUAAUAGACUGUCAUAUAAUUUAAAGGGUGUUAAUCGGAUUCAUUCAUUUGGUCCUACUGAAUCGGACAAGUGUUUCUUCAGUUUAUUAACUUCGGAGGAUCAUCUUUGAAGGCACAUAGUUAAAUCAGUGUUCAUGCCGGACUUUGAGCAUUUUAGAUUUUCUCAUACUAGAAUGAAUCCUGUAUUGGGGGAGAACGUGUAUUCGUUCCAGCAGAACCAGGUGACGGGCUUCGCGGACUCCGCGUCAUCGGGCCACUGGACCGAUCCAGCGGGCCUUUUCUUGAGCGAACACACGGGUGGCUUCGGGCAAGAUGGGUUUGACCUGGGCGCUUUACCACCUCCGGGAACACCGUAUCUACACCUGGGUAACUAUCUUCACCGGGUGUCUCCACCUCCUCCUGCCGCCACGGCCCUGCGUAACGACCUGGGAUCCAACAUCAGCGUCCUCAAAACUCUGAAUUUGCGUUUCCGCUGCUUUUUAGCCAAAGUGCAUGAACUGGAACGUCGGAAUAAAGUAUUAGAAAAGCAACUGCAACAGGCUUUGGAUGACAAUGCGGAGUGUGCAGAAAAUAAGAAGCCUUUAACGCGAGAUGUUGGGGUUCAAACCGGCUUCGUUGGAUUGUUUCCUGUUAGGCCAGACCUGAUACCCAUUCAGAACGCGAACGACACCGCAUAUCUGUCCGGAACCUUGUUGUCACCGACUCUCAACAACACCAUCCUCCCUCUGGAGUCCAAUAACAGGACAACAGUAGAAAACCUGAACCCAAUCAAUCUGACGGACUCUAAUUCCAAUCUCACCCCGAAUUUCCCUAUCAGCCCGAUUGAUCCUGCUCCAAAAACCAUUAACAAUAUUAACGGGAAGUAUGUCAGUACCGGGAUUGGUUGUACCAGCAAUCCUCCUCCCAGAUUUCAUCCUAGCUCUGUCUGGUCUUACAAUCAGAGGUACAGCACCGGGCGUGAGUCGCGGGUCUCGGGUCCAGGUGUAGGGGUGUCGUCAUGGGUGCCUCCAGACGGGGUGGGUGUCCAGAUCGACACCAUAACCCCAGAGAUUCGGGCCCUAUAUAAUGUGCUGGCCAAGGUAAAGAGGGAGAGAGACGAAUACAAAAGGAGAUGGGAAGAGGAAUACACAAUGCGGAUGGAUCUAGAGGAAAAAGUUGCAGAGCUUGAAGAUGACCUGCAGGAGAGCGAGGUGUGCCAGGAUGAACUUGCUCUGAGGGUUAAGCAGCUUAAAGCGGAGCUGGUUCUGUUCAAAGGCCUCAUGAGCAAUAAUCACUCAGAUUUGGACAGUAAGAUCCAGGAGAAGGCCAUGAAAGUGGACAUGGAUAUCUGUCGCAGGAUUGACAUCACGGCUCGUCUGUGUGAUGUGGCACAACAGAGAAACUGCGAAGACAUGAUUCAGAUCUUCCAGCAAGUAGCCACGCCUCCGUCAACCUUGAAUCGCCGUCCUCGAAAACCAGCACCACAGACAAUCAGAGGGAACGAUAGUGACGAACCAGUCAGCAUCUCUGAAAGUGAGGAAAGUGGGAAUAAGGAGGUGGACCUGUGUUGCUCAUCAGCCAAUCAGAUCAACGAGGAGAUGCAAAGGAUGCUCAACCAAUUACGCGAAUGUGAGUUUGAGGAUGACUGUGACAGUCUUGCGUGGGAAGAGACUGAGGAAACUCUGUUACUAUGGGAAGAUUUUCCAGGAUACACCUUCAGUGUUGAGAACCAAGGAGAGCAAGACGAGUCCAUAGAGAAGGUGAUAAAGGACACAGAGUCCCUUUUCAAGUCCCGCGAGAAGGAAUACCAAGACACCAUUGAUCAAAUUGAGUUGGAACUGGCAACUGCUAAGUCAGAUAUGAACAGGCAUUUGCAUGAGUAUAUGGAGAUGUGCAGCAUGAAAAGAGGGCUGGAUGUUCAAAUGGAGACCUGCAGACGAUUAAUCACUCAGACUGGAGACAGAAAAUCCCCUCUUCUCGUUUCGGCUAAUGUAGAGGAGGGAGAGAAUGCGGAGAAGGAGAGGAAAAAAGCAACUGCGGCAAACUCUGACAGUGCUGAACCGUAUUGUGACAUGCAGUCAAACUCUUCUGUCCCGGACCACACAUGGAAGAAGGCUUGAUAGCUUUUAUGCCCCUCCAGUACCACAAUAAUAGCUGCAAUUAUAAACAUAUGGCAGUGAUUGUUUCAUAAUAGAGACUGUGAUGCUGCAGCAAGACUCACAGUAAACGGGUUAUAGUUACCUUCUGAAAGCCAAGUAACCUUGUGUGGUUUCACUAGUGCCCUCUAUUGGAAUACACCAUUAAUGGCCAUAUAAAAAGCAUCCAUUGUGCAAUUUCAGUAUGUAGCACUAUAUAAAAUUCUGGCCAAAAACAUGAGGGCUAAUGUUAUAUUACUCUUUAUACAUUACAUAAUUUUAUUAACAGUUUAUUUUUAUGCAGAUAAACACCUGGAUUAUUCCUGUUAUGUAGUACCUUUUGUAAUUUGUCAUUUAAAGGGUUGGUUCACCCCAAAAUGAAAAUUCUGUCAUUGAUUACUCACCUUCAUGUCGUUCCACGCCCGUAAGACCUUCGUUCAUCUUCGGAAGACAAAUGAAGAUCUUUUUGAUGACAGAAUGCUGUCAGAUUUCCUUCCAUUGACUGCCUUUGUAACUUCCACUUUGACGCUUCGAAAACUUCAUAAAGAGAUCGGAAAGCAGUUUAGUCCAAAUUUUCUGAAGAGAAUCGAUCGCUUGUUAUGAUGAAAAGAUUUAAUUUAGGCUUUUACUCGCAUGUAAACACUGAUCAGCAAAAAUAAGCAGAAGCUCAGCCAAAAAGGCUACACGCCCGAGAUCAAAACUCUUCCGGAACCUCUUCAUUUUGGGGUGAACUAACCCUUUAAGAAAUAUGCUCUGCUUAUACUUAAGCACUAUUAUUUACACAGUAGCAAGAAAAUUAACAAGAAAGAGCUGAAUUGAAGAAAUGAGAGUUAGCUUACAUACAUCAUUUUGAUAAAUAUUUUUUUUUAUACCAAUUCCAACAAGAUUGAAUGUUUUAAAUUAAGACAAAACAACUAAUACUCCAUUGGUUAUAUUUUUGCUUUUGUUUUCCUGUUAAAAAUGAUGUCAUGGAGAAUGAUGUCAUUCAGGAACUGGCUUUUGUUAGAUAAACACACACACAAAAAAAAAAAAGUAAUCAAAAAUAAAAAGCACAUGUUUUGUUUGAUACAUUUUAAAUAGAGAGCAAAAAAAAAAAACAUGAAGAAACACCUGAAAUGUUUCUUAAUAAAUUAUCAUUGUAGAAGUUUUAUUUAAAAUUCACUCAAAAUUGUGUAUGAAUUUUACUAAAUUAACUAUUACUAAAAUACCGCAUAGUAGGAAUGACUCACCCCAGCAUUAACCACAAGGCACUUUUUACAAAAACAAUAAUUAAUUUUUUCAAUCAGUCACAACAAUAGGGUUUUUUAACCUUGGAUACUGAAAUAAUAAGAGCAAGUUAUUAAUCUCUAAACAAGCACUUAGCAGUUUCUGCAUCAGCUACCAAUAAUGCCAGCAAUAUGAUAAGUGAUAUAGGUCUGCCUGUUUGCAGCUCUGAGUAGAGAUAAUUUUGGGAGCAGAAUUUAGCACUGAACACUUUGGCGUGAAGUGCACAAUGAAGUGUGUGGGUGUCUCUUUCAUUUACUUUUUUAAUCUGUUUUUUGCUGUGGGUGAAAGCCAGAUGACUAAUCACUGGCCUUAUUCUUUGACUGCAUUUCUAGGUGAAAUCUUUAGCAUUGAAUCAUUACGCAUUGUAACAUGCCCUUGAUCGCUUAGCCUCAGUAAAUGUCUUUAGCCAUUUAGUUGCAUUAGCAUUAGUCAAAUAGAGAUGCUCAAGUGAAUCUCAAUAGAGUGCCAGGGUUACAAAAACAGAUUACAAAAGUCAUUCAUGAAGUGCAUCUGGUUAAAAAAAGCCGAAAUGGCAAGUGAAUUCAGUGUAAAUAAUAGGUUGAAACAAAUUGGUUAGUUAGGUCACAAAAGUCAAUAUGCAGUGAGUCAUUAUGCACUUAUGCUUAAGCGAUGACUGAACAUGUUAAGUGCUGCUGAGGGCGAUGCAUUCCACAUUAUUCCUCUCUCCACGCUGAACUUCUCCUAAGCUAUUUAUCUAUUUAUGUAUUUAUUUGUUUGGUUGUUUAAUUAUUUAUUUGAAUAAAGAGGGUUCUCGAUAUCAAUCACAAUUUUAGCCGAACAAUUCAAGACUUCUGAGUUAGGAACACAGAGUUCAGUAGUUUAAGUUUCAUUUUAAAAAGAAUAAACUGGAUUCACCUUAAAAACAUUAUGUAAUCUCAACAAAUCAUUGACAAUGAUAACACCUUCAUAAAUAGGCUAAUUAUGAGUCAGUAUGCUGUUUAAAAAAAAAGAUCUUGCUCUCUUCAUGUUUGCUUUACCUUGAGUUUUGUUUCUAUAUUUCUCAAAUGAUUAAUCUCAACUAACAUAUUUGUAUAUAAAGGUGCUUGAGAGAUUUUUGAAAGCCUGAUUUUUAAUGUGGACUGGAGGGUUUGGAAAGUCUGUUGUAUUUAUACUUUAAGACUCUUGCUGAGGCGUUUACUUGCACAUAUCUGCUUCACAACCUUCAUAAUAAGGAUAAUAAUGUCUGUCUGCUUAAAACUCUUAAAUCUCAAUAGCAGCAACAGAUGAUAUAUAUGAUCUUGUAGAUGUAAACCAUGGAAGCAUUAGAGCUUCUUCUGUAAUAAUUCAGUCAUAGCUUACAGUAAAGUACCAUGCCAUCUCAUGCAGCAGUGUACCUUCUGUUAACAUGAAUGUAAGUCAGUCCAUACUGCAAUGUACAGAACAAAGUGAUAUUAUGCCUUUUAUUACAGUCUAAGAACAUGGGCUCACAUGGUCCAGACUCUCAGUUUGUAAUAUGAUGUUAAAUUAAGUGGUUAAUAUAAAAAGGAGUAAAUGUAAUUGAAAAGAUUAUGAUUAUCAGUGUGAAAAAAUAUGAAUAGGAUGUGGAAGAGGGGAUUUUAUUACCCAAAGAACAGGAACAAAUCAAAAUUUGUUGGUUCUGUGAGGCAACAUUAGAAAAGGGCUUCUAUGUGCAGAUAGUUUAGGAAUGUUUUUGUGCAAUAGAGUAUUAUUUAUUAAAUAAAAUAUGAAAAUGUUCUCAUUCUAGAUAUCUGAUAUCUAGAUCAAAGAAACUUGUAUAGAUGGUCUCAAACAAGAAAAUGAAAAACUGUGUACAGAUAGCAAGGUGGAUAAGCUGAAAAUAAAUUAUUUUAUUGAAAAUGUUGCUUAUUCAUUGGUUCUGUAAAUAUGAAAAUGUUCUCAUUCUAGAUAUCUGAUAUCUAGAUCAAAGAAACUUGUAUAGAUGGUCUCAAACAAGAAAAUGAAAAACUGUGUACAGAUAGCAAGGUGGAUAAGCUGAAAAUAAAUUAUUUUAUUGAAAA